UACACAUGAAGUACAAGAAUGUCUUGAAGGUCAAGAAAAAUCCUGGCCAUAAAAACUUUAUACCUGUAAAUCAGUUAAGUCUUGAACAUUUUCCUCCUGGUUACCAUGACAACGAUGUGUAUGACCUCACAAAAGUCCUGGCUGACCUAACUGUCAGGAUAGCCGUUAAGUUGACCAGUCCAUACAGACCAGAGUUUGUACCAGGCACUAAAGAUCCAUAUCCUUGCUACAACACCAGGGGUGAGAACUCACUGAGGACAGGGACUGGGAGGGUGGGGGAAGUGAACAAGUACACAAAGGGGAUGGACCAGACAUACAGGACCUACAGAACUUGUCCAUGUCCUGAAUGUGACCACUCGGACACACCCAGCAAAGUGUGGUGGGAGGUUGAUGUGGUGACAGCCAGACAUGUGGUUUUUGAUGAGAGUGAGGCGAGACAGUCCAGCUGUAGGUUGUGGUUUAAUGAUGAUAAAAGUCCAGUGGUCAAGAUUUAUGGGUGGGAGGCAGUUGCUUACACAGAAGAAGAGGUGAAUCUUCUAUUGAUAGGUAAAACUGGCAAUGGCAAAAGUAAAACAGGCAACAUGAUUCUGGGUCGUGAUGAGUUUCCAGCUGAUUCAAGCUUUGUAGACAGUCCUGGUGUAGGUGAUACGGCAGCAAUAGAUGAUGUAGAGCAGGUGACAGAGCUUGUAAUCAACAGUAUGAAAACUGCGAUUCUUUUAACUCCUCAAGGCUACCAUGCUUUUCUUCUUGUGGUUAGAUACGGCGCUAGAUUCACAAAGGAAGAUUUUGAAUGCAUCCGAUUGUUAAAAAAUAUAUUUGGUGAGGACUUUGUGAAACAAUUCUGUGUACUUGUUAUGACACAUGAUAACCUUACAGAACAGAGAUCAAUAACUGAGAACCUUGUUAACGAAAUUAAAAAGCUUCGUGAAUAUUUAGUUGCUCAAGAUAAUGAGACUGGUGCAUUAGCUGAUCUUAUCAGAAACAUAGAUCAAAUGCAUGCCAUGUUUAAAGAUAGAAUUAAUUCAAUAUCAGAAUUACUUGAAGCCAAUUACAAAUUACAAAAAGAAGAGAAAAUGCACCAGGAACAACAAGAGACAUUGAAUAAAAUUCUUAACAAGAUGCUAAAAGAGCAAAAAUUAGAACAACAAAAACUUUUCGAAGAAAGAAAAAAAAUGGAGAAUGAAACUAAGAAAAAAGAAGCGGAAAUUAAAAAACAACUACAAGAAGAAUAG